AUGGACACAACUAUGAAGGACAAGGACAAAGACACAAUCAUGAAGGACACGAUUAUGAAAGACACAAACGAUACUGCCAAACAAUGCGUUCGUCACACAAGUGUUUUGAAAGAAGCUGCAGCUGCUCCAAAAACUGCUAUCACCUUUACAGAAAUAUUAGAGAUUUCUUCAAAUGAAGGAUCUUUCGAAGAAUCAAAUAUUGGCGAUAAUGAUCAGGAGAGUGUUGACAGGAAACCUAUCAAUAAUUCAAAGCAUUCUAAAGCAGAUGACCUGAGUCCAGUUGACGGGUCUGUGGAUAGACGGGCAAUAAAAUCCUUCCCAAGAGUUCAAGGGGGGAAGAUCUCAAAGACAUCUCAGGAUGCAACAAGUGUCCCAAGCAUGGUUCUCUGUCGCCCAGAUUCGUCAAUCGUACCAACUAGACCAGAUCAACUUCAUCUUCCAAAACCUCAAUGCAAAAACGAUAAAUCAGGUCGAGGCCAAAUACCUGAAUAUUAUGGAUCAAGAGAAUUGAAACGAGCCCGGUAUUCUGACAGGAGCUUACGUUCGAAGGUCCGUCCAAAAUUCAAAGACAAGCCUCAUGGUCACUAUUCCCAGCAAAAGUCCGACCUCCCUUAUUUGCCCUUCAUACUUCAAAUAACAGUACUUCGAUCUUUGCAAACUGCAUUGGAGUCAAUGUGUUAUCGAUUCGUACAAAAGUGGCUUCCCGAUAUGCUGAAUGCGAAUACAUGGGAAUGUCCCGAGAAUGUAGAGCUGAACUUAUGGUGGGGUGCAAUGAGCGAGUGUCACAUACCAGUUGAAGCCAUUGGCCGUCAAGCACGUUUUUCUCUUGAUUCCCUCUUCCUACGGGUGAGCGGGAUACGCCAUCUUGCGGUACAUAGACUUACACAGGUCGCAAUCGAUAGUAUCAGGGCAAUGAUUGAAGAUGCUCUGGAAAUCGCACACAUAUUUCGAGAUGAUAUUUUCGUUCCAGAGUUCGAACUCUGGAAAGAGAAGCUCGAAUAUUGUUUGGAGAUUGAUCGGAAGGCAUCUGGUAAGCCAAUCAUGGUCCGUCGGCUCGAUGCCAUCAUAGCCAUGAAAGAGGACAAUGAGAUUUGGCAGGAUAAGCUCCAAAAAGAGAUUUUUGCGCUCACCGCGGAACUUGAGGGAAAAAAAGAGAAAGUCGCGCGACUACACCAAGAGUAUAAAGUCCUUGGGAUAAGUGAAACUGAUACCAUAGAACUUGCUAAAAAUGGCGGCAAACUCAGCGAUGAGGAAAUGAAACACCUUGGGGAUUUCAAAUCGCUUGAAAAAUCUUUUACGCUGAAUUUCGACAGGAAUGCACCUAAUCCUGAGCCAGCAGAAAACUUCUCGGGCGAGCUUAUUAUGUUGUCACAAGUCGGUUCGCCGCAUAGGCCGGGUAGAGGUGGUGGUCCCAUGGCGAACCGGGGUACUAGGCGUGAUAACAAUGCUAGGUUCAUGCGUGGAAACAGUAGGGGAGAUACGAAUGGACCCAUAAACGAUCGGUCUAGUAUCCACAAUCCCACUGUCUCUCACGGAACUGGUAUCAAUGGUCUGCCAUCGAAACCCAAAUCUAUUGCUAGGAAUGCUUAUGGUACCCCGAUGGCCAUAACUGACAACCCUGGUUUAGACCAAAAACCCGCCAGUGGUCCAGUCUCUACAUCGCAUACCGGACAGACAGUUCCUGCUGAAGCGAUCGUUGUUGAUCUUACGGAAGACGAUGAUGACGUUAUGGUUGAGUAGUGUUUGUUUUGGUGUAUAUUUUGUUGUAUAUUUUGUUGCGGGGGUUUAAUAAUGAAGUAUAUCAUGAGAGGGUUGGAGAGAGCGCUGUGACUUUAGUUUAUUAUCGUCAAGUCGAGAUUAUGUUACGUAGCAAUGCUAGACUCUGAAUACAAA